GGACCUGGUGGCCGCGCUCGCCGCCGAGCCGGCGCCGCGCCGCGCGCGCCACGCGCCGCACCCGCCUGCGCCCGCGCCCGUCUCCGCGCGCGCCAUACACGGCGGCAGCCUGCCCUCCGGCGUCGACACCUCGUUUCUUCUAAGCGAAGAGCCGAUGCGCGGCGCGGUGGCGAGCACGGUGGGCGGCGCGGAGUACGUGGCGACGGUGCGCUGCGUCAACCCCAGCCCGCUGGCCGAGCGCCGCGUCUCCGCCAGCGACGCGCACUGCCCCGACACCGACGCGCUCAGCAGGCGGAGCAAGCCGGUGUUCCCCAUGUACACGGCGCGCGCGACGCUGGAGAUCGGCAGCGGCAGCGUGUGCUCGGGCCGCGCGGUCACCACCACCACCGCCUCCAACCAGGUCGAUUCCGCUAUACCGUUUAGUUGCAUCACGAGUCCGGAGGUGGUGGCCAGUUGCACGACCACGGCGUCGGCGCAGGCGGCGGUGGCCGUCGACCCCAAGCCGCUGCAGCUCCGCUCGAGCUACCGCGCCGUGGCCAGCCUCACGGGCGCCUGCGAGCUGCGGCCCGCGCCCCGCGCCGCGCAGCUCCUCGCCCGACCCAAGCCGGCGCGCAGCAUGGCGGCGUCCACGUUCAACGGCGUGCCGCUGCCGCGCGCCGGCCCGCACUUCAGCACCGCCGCCGCCGAGCUCGACUUCAAACAGAAAUCUUUGGACGAAAACGGCAACUCAGUACAGGGAUUCAGCUCGCCCCAAUCGGGCUCUAGUCAACAGAAGAAGCAGCGGAGAAAAAAGUCUUCUAAAAACGAGACCGUCAUCAAAUCGCACCACAUCGACGGGUACCAGGGCAACAAGGACCUGAACGAGGUGCUCCGGUUUAUAGAGUCCAACGAGCCGGAGCGCCCGAAACGACACGACGAUAAAAAGAAAAGGUCCGCGGAGCGGCGCAAAGAUAAGCAACCUAGAGCGUCGAGUCUCGACGACUUGUCCCGAGCCGCGCCGCCGCCGGCGAGGCCCGCGCGCCCCGCCCAGCCCGCCCCGAAGCCGGAACGCCGCUCCUGGGGCGACGAGCGACAGCCCUUCUACUUCCGAGACCCUAAUCCCGAACCGGACCCGGAGCUGACAGACUUCCAAACGGUCACAAAGAAACGCAAGCCGCGCCGUCGCGCCGACGAGCCCUCCCCGCGGCCGCCGCGCCGGGCGCCCUCCCCCCGCUCCCCGCCGUCCCCCCGCGCGCGCUCGGAGCGCUCCAACGACUCCAACGACGACCUGGACUCCGUGCACUCGCUGCCGUCGCUGCCGUGCCGCGCCGCGCCGCCGGCCAGCUACGCGGACAUCGCGCGCACCAAGCACAACAUCCCCGACCUCAUCGAGAGCUGCAACUACUACGGCGAGGGCGCGCCCGAGCCGCCCGCGCCCGCCGAGCCCGCGCCCGCGCCCAUCGACGCCGAUGGAUAUCCUGCCCUGGACCCUCGGCCGCGCCGCAGCAAGCCGCCGGCGGGCGGGCGAGCGCGCAAGGAGGAGCGGCGCGAGGAGCCCGCGCCCGACGUGGUGUCCUCGCGGCCGCCGGUCAUCCUGCUGGACUCGCCGGCGCGGCCGCGCGACAUGGACGGCGUCACCUUCGGCUUCGACAUCGACGAGCGCCUGCUCGGCGCGCGCCGCUGCGACCUGCUCGCCUGCGACCCGGUCCCCGUGCGAGCCGGCAACGCCGCGCUGCGCUACGUGCAGCCCGCGCCGCCCGCCGAGCUCACGCACCUGCACCAGAUCGUCGACUACGUGGGGACAGCGUGGGACGACGUGGUGCGAUGCGGCAGCGGCAAGGUUCGCUACUUCAGCGAGUGAGCGCCCUAGCGCCGCCGGCCGUUCUCAGUGAGUGUCGGAACAGACAGUGAACAGUCCCGCGGGACAGUGCAGUGCAGUGACAGUGUGCGGGUUGCAAACCCCGGCCGCCCAGCGGCAGUCCAACCGAGAGCGUAUAUUAAGUGUUUUCGCUGUGAUUUUAAAAGUGACUCUAUUUUCGCUUGUAAAUAAGAUGUCCACGAUCUAUUCUGAGCAUUUAUUGCAUUAAAUUAGCACUCGAAAGUGCCGGCGAUAUCGGAAGCAGUUCGGGACCCCUUAGAUAGACUUGUUGAACGUUAACGAGGGCGGAGGGUCUCGGGACCAGGCGUGUUUCGUUUAAGUUGAGCGUUUGUUUCUGUUAUGUUUAUUAUUGUGCUUGAUUUUUGUUAUGUAAUCACAAAUAUUUGGUAGACUUUCUCUAAAUAGCCACUGUAGAACUCGCGACAGUCUGAUUUGUUAUGUAUUUUUAAGUUUCACCAUUUUAAAUUGUAAAUAAAAUAAAGAUCUUAUAAGGUGUAUACUAGCCAUAUAAAUUUAAAUGGAUCUUAUGUGAAAAAAAUAUAACAAUCUUAACCGAUAUAUAUUUAUAAAUGGAAGCUAACCUUAUUAUUGUGUUUGAAGGUUUGACCGAGCCGUGUAUUAAUCUAUUGAUACAUAUUGUACAUAGAGCCGAUGUUUGUCUGUCGCAUGUCCGGCGCUCGCCGCAUUUGUUAACAGUGAUGGGAGCUUUGUCCUGCCGAGUCGGCGGCAGUGUCCGCCGCACUAGCCAUGCGCGUUGUGCGUGCACAUCUGGCGAACGCAACGCGAACUUACAUGCGCUGUGCGCUUAGGUUACGCGAGAGAUUCGAAUUUGAAAUACCAGGGUUUUUGAUCCUUUGUCGGAAUUGCUUUGAGUAGUAUAAGCUAUAGUUGGGCAAAGGAAAUGGAAGGUUACUAUGUAGAUGGCUACAGCAUAUGGUGGCAAUUAUUGGGGCCAGUAACUAAGGAUGUGGAAUAAGAGAUUUAUUAUGAAAGAUUUUUAAUAUUCGUUACGGUGCAUUCGCCAGAUCUGUGCGCACCUGUAGAUGAUAAUCGUUUUAUGUUUGUUCCUAUAGGUCAUAACUGUCGCAGGGCUAUUACUGCCAGCCCUAGUCUAGUCCGACUGUUGGAAUGUGGUUGUAUCAUUGGAGAAGCAUAUCAGAUGAGAAGGACCACAGUAUGUGUAAACAGGGAUGGUGAGGUCUGAUUUCUUUACCAGAAC